UUUAUGCAAGAUUUUAUAAAUAAGAGUUGUCUUUUGAUUUAUGCUUUACUGACAAACCCAAAGAGUUUAGUAAAUAUAGGGGAAGACAAACCUUUUGCAUGGCGCUGAUGGGCACUGACAGACUGCUGACCAAGCUGCUGACUUCUACAAAUGUCAACGAAUACGUCAAUGUAUCAACUGCGAGUUGAAUGGUUUUUUUUCUGAUUACCUGUAUAAUAAUAAUAUCAUAAUAUCUUAUUAGCCGCUUUUGCAAUGAGUUAUUUAUUUAGCUGUGGAGUUUGUUGUGGCUUGCUCAGCAUAUGGGGAUCGAUACAGCUGUUCUUCAUGGGAAUAUGUUAUCAUUUCGAAGUGGUCACGCUCUUAGAAGAUGUUGAAGAAGAAGAAUAUGAAGAUUAUGACGAUUUUAUUAGGAAAACUACAGCAAAUUACAAAAAAGUGGCGGUAAACUGUUGGGUUGCCUCAGUAAUAUACGUGAUCCUCAUCGGAGUGUCGUACUGGUGUAUAAGAAAAGCCAAAAAAUCUAUGAAGAUAGAAGCUUUGAAGUUAGAGGAUGACGAGUACGUGUGUACUCCUAAACCGCCUCAGAGGAAGAAACCAAGCAAAGUUAAAUAG